GGGCUUCCUGUCACCCUCACUGACUUCUACACGUGGGGACAAUAUGUGCAAUGCAAAGCUUAAGACAUGCAAAUCAGGGAGCCUUUACUGUUUUGAUUUUUAAAUAUUCAACCCGCCCACUGAUAUAAAAAGGAGGUGGAGAUGCUGCAUUCAGCAGACGGUCCUCCUGCUUAUCUACCGAGGGACAAUCACCGCUUACAUGCUCAUUUACUUCUAGGCUUCUUAGCUGCUGAAAAGAAAAGAGGUGUGGUGUGGUGUGUGUGUGUGUGUGUGCGCGCGAGUUUAAAACUUUACAAAAGAGGCAGAGAGGCCCUGGACGCAGCAACCAAUAACCCUGCCUGAUGUGAUCAUUAGGGUUAUUAGUAGGGACUACCAACAAGCAGUCAGCAGUCGUGUGGAGUCACUACAUGGUGCAGUCGGCAGACACAGGUCAACUUGGAGAAAAACCAUCUUCAUACAGCUCACUAGCUGCAUUCUAAAAAAAAAAGGGAUUACCCUCCAGAAGAAGAAGAACUCGGCCAAAAUGAAACUACAGAGCCUCCUUUACAUCUUUUUUCUCAUAAUGAUGGGCGCCUUACUUGCAUUCGGACAGAAGCCAGCUAACCUUACACAGAGAAGGAAACUCCGACACCACUGUCCACACAGACGGUGUAUGCCUCUGCAUUCGAGGGUCCCUUUCCCUUAAGCACUGAAAAAGAAGAAGAGCAAGAAGAAAAGAGAAGAAUGAUUCCACACAUGAGGAGUUUCAUUUCUGCAGUGAAUCUGAGCUCCAAAAUGCCUUCCUGUUCCAGCUCCUCUACUAUGGGCCACCAUAGCAGACCUCAACGAAAGCAGCUACAGCACACAGAAGAUGAGCUGCAGGAUGCCAGCCACAAGCCAAUACUGUCAGAAUGCUGUAGGAGUGAAACAUGUGCUUCAAACCUUUAAGAAAGUGAGCACAGCAAUCUUGUAAAACAUACCAGAACCAAUUAAUUAAAACAAAAAUCAUAUACAAGCCUGCAGCUCAGCGAGACAUAAGGAACAGAUGGCUUGACACAAAAAAACACUUCAAUGAGAAGGAAACAAUAUGCUGCAGCCGAAGGAGAUUGUAAAUAAUAACAUAUGCCAUCAACACAAACUAUCCUCCAAAUCAUUUAUUUAAAAAAAAAAAAAAAAAAAAGUAAUUAGAGCCUAGGCGGUAAAUGAAAAUAUAUGCUUCUUCUUUCUUCAAAAUUUUUCCUAUCAUCAUUUGUAAAACCAGCUGUAAAUAGAACUUUCUUAAGAAGUUAGUCUAACAUUUAUUUUCAUUAAUCAAAAUGCCUCAAAGUUUAUAAUACAAGUGAAUAUACUCACAAUUGCAGCCUUGCAGCGUGACAUGCACUUUACAGCUGGCAUUGUUCUCAAAUGUUGCAACACCUUCUUCACGAUUCAGAAAACAACAAUUGGUCCCCUCUGUGGGCGACAUCAAAAAUGCCUAAAAGUGAAGAGAGUUGGUCAAAGUGCUAGAAAAUGACUGGAUUGGUUAAAACAAGAUGUCAAACUUGUCCGAAAUACAUAAUGGGUAAUUAAAACGUAUAUUCAUUUUUGAGGCAUUUGACUGUGUAGUGAUCUAUAUGUUUAUGUAAGUUAUGCACUUCCAAAAUCCUUAUAUUAUGAUAAAUAAAGUUUGUACUCAGUUAUA